UGCCUGACUUACUGGCCCUAACAAUUGCAUUGUUGUAAGCACUAAAUCUCUUGAUUUUGAUACACAAAAUCUAAAUGCCUUAUCUGCAAGUCCAACUCCUGCCCAACCACUUUUUCCUUUCCUAAAUCCUAUAUCUUCCACAGAUUCUAGCUUGCUUACUUGUGUUAAUUACAUCACCCACAUUUUCCUCCACUAUUUCUCUCUCUCAUCUUCUGGUUUUGUCUACAUUUCCCAGAUUUUUUUCCUCUUUACCUUAUCUUUUCCUCCCUCUUUUUCUAAAAAAAAAGUACUCGAGUUCAGGUGCUUUUUCUCGGGGUACCCAGAUCUUGUUUUCUUCUUGGCUUCACUUUUUCAUGAUUUUCACAAGGUUUUAAAGUAUGGGUAUCUCCUGAAUUUCUGAGGGAAAUAUUGGUUAAGAACUAGUGGCAGUGAAAAAUAUUGCUGGUGAUCGUUGAAUAGAGUUCCAUUCCAAGGUCGAUAAAGAUGAAAAUCCAGUGUGAUGUUUGUGAAAGAGCACCAGCCACAGUGAUAUGUUGUGCAGACGAGGCUGCACUUUGUGCAAAAUGUGAUGUUGAAGUUCAUGCAGCUAACAAGGUUGCAAGCAAGCACCAACGUCUCCUCCUUCAGUGCCUUUCAGACAAGCUUCCUACUUGUGAUAUAUGCCAGGAAAAAGCUGCUUUCAUUUUUUGUGUUGAAGAUAGAGCCCUUCUUUGCCGGGAUUGUGAUGAACCUAUCCAUUCAGCUCGCAGCCUUUCUGCAAAUCAUCAAAGAUUCCUAGCCACAGGAAUCCUUGUUGCCUUAAGCUCUAGUUGCAAUAAGAAGAAUACUGAAAAGAAUGGGUUGGAGCCUCCCAACAACAGUGCACCUCAGACUUUGAUGAAAUUGCCUCCACAGCAACAGUCAAGCUUCCCAUCUUCAUGGUCUGUUGAUGAUCUGUUACAAUUUUCAGAUAUUGAAUCUCCUGACAAGAAAGAGCAUCUUGAGCUUGGAGAGCUUGAAUGGCUAGCAGACAUGGGUCUUUUUGGUGAGCAAUUGCCUCAGGAAGCUUUAGCAGCAGCUCAAGUUCCUCAACUUCCAGUACCACAGUCAAGCAAUUUCAACAACUCAUGCAGACCUACCAAUCAUUUCAUGCCCCUUAAGAAGCCUAGAAUUGAAAUCCCAGAUGAUGAUGAUGAAUUCUCCACAGUCCCUGAUCUAGGCUGACUGUUGAUGUAAUUAGACUUCUGUGUCGAUAUGCCGAACAACUAUAUGUUUAUACUUUCAUAUGGACGCUUACUUUAGCACAUACACAUACAUUGCAUUCAGUCUUGGGUGGCAAAAUGUUCAUGAGAAUACUCAAAUCUAUAUUUUCUUCCAUUGACGUGUGAAUUGCUUGUUUUAAGAUGGUGAAUUCAUCACCCUUUGCUCUAGGAUAUUCUGUUCAUUCUAUUC